GAUUGGAUGUUUUUACUAGUUUUUACGGUUGGCGCGACAAUUCAAAGAUACAAACGAGGAUUGAAAUACAAAUUUAUAUUGAAGUUUAUAUACAAAAUAUUGACUUUGAUAGCUUAAAUAGCGUUUUACACCUUGCCGGAGUACUGGUUCAGUGAUAUGGAUAAACAAAUGUGGAAAUUUAGUUGUCGCGUAAUUAAAUAAUCAUUUGAUUUGAUCAAGUUAUUGUGCAGCAAGAAAUGAUCUCUGGUUCAGAUGUUUCUGGUGAUUCCAUUGAGGUAAGUUUUAUAUUUCAGUUUCGAUAUUUAGUCAAAUACAUUUUAAUAAAAGCUCUUGACAACAGAAAAAUGCAUUGGUGUUAUUUAAAUGCCAUGUGUAAAAACCUAGAAAUACCCAGGGGACACUCUGUAUAAAAUUAUAAAAAUAGCACCAAAAUAAUGGGAAAUUCUAUAUUUUACUAUGGUCUAUGUAAAUGUUACAUUUUACUGUACCUGAGUAAUUUAAAAACAUGCUAUAAAAUAUUCAUGUGUUACUCCAGAUGGUACAAUAAACUGUCUAAACUGUUAAGUACCCUUUUAUACUUUGACAGACCUGACUACUUGCUGAAUUGAUGUAAAUGCUACAGGUCUUAAAAUAUUGGUCGGUCAUGGACAUAGUCCAACCCAUUAGUGAAAUUGUCCAAUGUAAAGAGGAAACCACCGUACAUUCUGUCCGACCUAUGUGAAACUGAGAUUUAUUGUUUGUCCGACCCGAGUGUAUUAUUUGGUGUCGAACUGUAGCUUUGUCCAACGCAAAUCAAAAUGUACCCUAGUCCAGGACUAGAUCGAGGCUCAUAUGUUAAAUGGAGAAGCAGAGUAGUGUAUAAAAAGUGAACUGGAAAUGUAUUGUUUUAAUGUAAUCGAGGACCGGGCAGCGAGCGAAGUGGUGAAGUGGAAAACAGGCUUAAGUUGUUGAACUCUUACUGCUGUUCUUGGCAAGCAAGUUAAUUUAAUUUUGGCUUGGAAAUAAGUAUGAAUGACACAAAUUAUUUAAUAUCUUCACAACAAUCAACAUUUACUGUUCAGAAUUAAUACAUUGUGCUGAUAUUAAUUUGUGUCAUUCAGAAUUUCAGACUUAUUUCCGAGACAAACUGAACUGAAGGUCAUCGGACAUCAUCAUACAUAUGUCCGACUCAAAAACAUCGCACAUUUUGUCAGACGGCCAGGCUGUAAAAGAUAUUUUAAGGCCUGUACGUGCUAUCAAAUUACAGCUCUCGUAUGUGAUCAAAAUUUGCUCUAAUAUGUGAUCAAUUAUUGAAUUGCACUCCAUAAAAUUAAUACAUUCUAUAUAGUACUAAUUAUUAUUUUACUCGUCAAAGGAAAUUAUGGUGUCAAUCUGCCCAUGUGUCUAGUUAAUUGCGCCCUUCUUUAUUAUUUUACUAUCUAACGCCAGAUGAUUUUACUCUUCACGGGAGACUGUUGGUGCUCAUUGGGUUAAAUACUUCCAUUUUGUCUUGGGGAUGGUAAAAUGUAAACUUAUAAUGCCUAAUGUCACUUGUAAAAAUGCACAGGUUGUUGUGGGUUACUGGUUUUAUUUUACAUUAUGUUUACUCUGUUAUCACAAUUAUUGUCGAACCUUACCAAAUAUUGAGAUCAUACUACUGACAUAAUUUUAAUUACACAAUAAGACAGAUGCGGAUUGAUAGGGAUGAAAAUACAAGCAGAACUUCAACAUAUUACCAUCAAUGAUCAUUCUGUGUAUAUUCCAACCUUUUAGAGUUGACAGCGGGAAAAGUAACAUAAAUGGUUAAAUAAACUCAUAGUGGAUGGCAUGCUAUGUGACUUACAGUAAUCCAUUAAUUUUAUUAAUGCUGUAUAUCCAAAGUUGAGCUUUCACAUUUUGAUAUGUACUGUAUACCAAAUUCAGGCCUCGAAUUUCCCUGAAAUCAAUCGACGGCAAUGGCGUUAAAAAUUGCCGUGGAACGUAACAGCUGUCUACGGCAAUUUUGGCAGUUUCCACGGUAUUUUUCAAAUUACUGUAAUAAAACUUUAAUUUUAUUGUUACUUUGGAUUUUUGAAAAGCUAGAAACAUGUCUACGUAUUUCUUUAGUGUUUUUUUUUCGAAAAAACUGAGACUAAAAUAGUGAUUCACUCAUGAUUUGAUCAACAUCUGAAUUCAAGUAUCAAAGUAGUAAUGCACAGUGAAUAGUAUAAAAAUUGCACUAUAGUCUAUACUGCAAAAAAUUGCCGUCGUUGCCGCAAUGAUCCACGGAAUUUUGUUCUCCCUCUACAGCAAUUGCCGCGAUAAAAUUCGAGCCCUGAUACCAAUGAAUAACUUCAAUCUUUUGUGACUUACUUGAAAUGAUUGGGGGAUCCAGGGAUGUCAAUUUUUAAAUGUCCAAUAGUGUUAACAUGAAUUGUUCUGUUCAGAAUUAUGAGGUGUUGAAUCUGUUGGGUCGUGGAGGAUUUGCGUGUGUUUACAGAGCAAGAUGUAUUUCAUUAUCACAGGGCGAAGUUGCCAUCAAGAUGGUAAAAUAUUAUUUGCUUAUAGUUAUAAUAAAAAGAAGUUCACUAGUAUUUUGAACAGGGUGGAAUUUUUAAUGUAACUUAAGUGUUAUACCUCUAUGACUAAAUUAUAAUAAGUUAAAUACAAAUAUACAAUUGUCAAUUGUGUACGGUAUUUAUAAAGGAACUUCAAGAUGACUGUGGUCAGUUAUUUUGCAAAAAGAAAUUUUUCCCUGCAUGAACAUGGUUUAUAUUUUGUAGAUUGACAAGAAGCAUAUGAAAGACAGUGGGUUGGUAAAAAGAGUGAAAAAUGAAGUUGAGAUUCACUGUCAACUAAAACAUCCUUCAAUACUAGAGGUACGAUAUCAUUUUAAAAUGAAUGUCUUAUUCCAGUGUGAAUCUUGUUAAUAUAGAAAAAAGAUACGUUUUUGUGUUAUUCUAGGAUCUGUCACUCAUUUCGUCAUUUGAAUGUUUAUAUAAGAAUAUUCAGUCACCAAAUAUUCUUUUUUCUAGCUGCUCAGUUAUUUUGAAGACUCGAAUUACGUGUAUUUGGUUGUUGAACUUUGUCACAAUGGUGAGGUGAACAGAUUUAUGAAGAAUACUGGAAAGCCAUUCUCUGAAUCACAAGGUAACAAUUUCAUUUACAAUAUUGUAGAGUGAAGUAUUACAGCCAAGCAGCUAAACAACUAAGUCUUUUAGAAAAUAUACGAUGAUCACUGAAGUAUUAAUUUAUAUAGACUGAUUUUACAUGCCAAUAUGCAAUUUAUUAUUUAGCACGUAAGAUCAUGUCGCAAGUAGUAACUGGGUUGUUGUACCUUCAUUCUCAUGGCAUCUUGCAUCGAGAUCUAACAUUGGCCAACUUGUUGCUCACACAGGACAUGAAUGUCGUAAGUACUGUACACACUGUAACUCUGUAAGUCUUAUUAUAAUAUAGCAUUUGUAAAUUCUGAACGCUGAGUGGCUAAGAGCCGUGUUGAUAUAACUCGAUGUCAACACGGGAAAUUUUCCGCCACUUGUAAACACGGAAAUUUUUCUUACCUUCGGGCUUUUGACAUUGCUAUAUUAUAAAAAAUAUAUAAAACAUUUUUUCCGUAUUGAUAUAUAGUUAUAUCAACACUCGUGGAAGUUGGGAAAACUCGAAAUUGUAUGAAAACACUCCGCCCUUCGGUCGUCGUGUUUCCAUAUAAUUUCUCGUUUUCCCAAUUCCACUCGUGUUGAUAUAACUGUAUAUCAACACGGAAAAUGUUUUAUAUUUGUUAAAUGUUAAAUGUAAAAUGCCAAUGGUUAUGUAGUUAGUAGUUACUUAUUUGUUUAGUCAAAUUGAGAUGUAAAACAGGUGGUUUGUCUUUUAGAACCAGCUCAUGAAUUUAAACUACUGUAUAUAUUGUUAUAUAGAAAAUUGCAGAUUUUGGUUUGGCCACCCAACUUCGAAUGCCAAAUGAGAAGCACUAUACCAUGUGUGGAACGCCAAAUUUUAUUUCUCCGUAAGUUGAGUCAUUUUUGCCGGUUAAAUUUUUCUGCCACAGGUAGUAGACGCACAUUGUACAGUAUAGAGAAGAAUUCAUUUCUUAUUUCAGUCGGCUGGACACUCUACAGUAUAUGUCACUAUAGACUAUAGUCUAUAGAGUCUGCGUCGCAGGUCAGUUGCCACCGAACACUUCGGAACAAAUUACAAUUUUUGGUCGGACAUUUUUAUCCAGUUAUUGGAGAGGUUCAGAUUUGAUUUCACUACCGCUACCUCUCAUAGGCUUAAUACGCAUUUGAUUGGUUAAUCGGAUAGAAUAAAAUGCUUCUGAUUGGUUAAUAGUGUAUUGGUAGCGGGAGUGGACUCGCUAAUAUACCAUUAUACCGUUAAGGCCUGAUCCAUGACGGCGAAAUUCUUCGCAAGAAAUUGCGUGUGCGAAAUAUGGAUGAUUGCACAAAGGCAAUUCUAUUGAGUUUUCCCACUUUUUCGCAUGCAGUGAGUAAAACUGACUUCUAUUCGCUAUUUUAUCUUUACAGUAUACUGCGUAUGCACUUGAUUAAUUUCGCGCGCAAUUUUUCCCAUUUCGCGAGAAAUUGUGUCUGCGAAAUACGGAUGGUUGCACAUGAGCGAUUCUAUUAGCCAUUUCCCAAUCGAACAGAGGGCUGGGUCUAGUUGAUGUUUGGAGGGACAACAAUUAGUUAUAGUCAGCGAGCUAAAUAUAUAUUAAAAUAUACCUUAUUAUAAUUGUUGUGUUUCAGGCUGCACAAAUAACUUUAGGAAUGUUGGAAAACUACUUAGGUGCCAUUAUUCGGCAUAUUUUUUAUUUUUUGUCCCUCCAAACAAGCGACUAGACCCAGUCCUCUGCUCGAUUGGGAAAUGGCUGAUUGAAUUGUCCCACUUUUUCCACCUUCGCAGUUAGUAGAACUGACUUUUACAGAGUUUUACUCGAGAUUAAUCUAUAUAUUAAUAAUAGACAAUUUAUAUUCUAACCUUUUUUUAUAUAGUUUUGUACAUAUUAUACAGUGUAUAUUAUUAUUGUAUACAAUUCUAUUUUACAGCUGUAAAUCCAUUGUAUUUUUUAACUAAAGAUGGAUAAUCUAUUAAAGAUUAUUAUUCAUUUCGCGCGAAAUGUUUUGCAUUUCGCCGCCGAAAAAAGCGCCCGUUGAAUCAGGUCUUAACAAUUUGAAAUCAUGUUGGAAAUUAUCAGUUAUGUCAACUUUACUCGGUCGACUGACAUUAUGACGUCAUUGUAAAAUCGGUAUCGAAUAGAUUGUUUCAUGAAUCGAUCCUACAUGUACAUAUAUUUGUUUCCUACAGAGAAGUAGCAACACGUGGUCCACAUGGUAUGGAAUCAGAUGUAUGGUCUGUUGGAUGUAUGUUGUACACAAUGCUAGUGGGAAAGCCUCCUUUUGAAGUAAGGCAUGCAUGUUAAGCCAGUUUUGUACAAGGCGAAUUUGUUCGCGCGAAGCGUCUUUUACAGUCAAUUUCAGCUGACUUUUCAUCGUAAGAUUCCGAACUUCGUUCCGAACUUCGCAAAUUCGUUGCCAAGUUCAAAAGUUCAUAAUGAAAUUCACAAACAGGUUUGUAAACUGGGCAUUUGAUUGGCUGGUUUGAUUUAAUAGCCAAUCAGAGGCUUUGUUUACAAACCUGUUUGUGAAUUCAUUAUGAACUUUUGAACUUGGCAACGAAUUUGCGAAGUUCGGAACGAAGUUCGGAAUCUUACGAUGAAAAGUCAGCUGAAAUUGACUGUAACUCUUUUUCCUUUGUCGACAUCGCUUAUCGCGUUAGCAAAAGCGAUGCCGACAAAGGAAAAAGUCACUUUGCGCGAACAAAUUCACCCAGUAGAAAACCGGCUUUAUAUUCUCAGAAUUAUUCGUUUCAGUUUUCGUAUUAUGUAUGGUACAUGUACAAUCUUUAGUCAAUGUUAGUCAUGUUGAAUGUUUGAAACUUUUACUGAUUUAAAACAUGUUUUUCAUGCAGACGGAAGCUGUGAAAAGAACUCUGAACAAGGUAGUACUUGGCGACUACAACAUUCCAGAGUAAGUUACAAUCAUUAUGUUUUUCAAUUUCUAAAAUCGUUGUAAUAUUUAAUUUUCUGAAAGAUUUAUUCAUUUCUCAUUAUAUUCUGAAUCAUUAACGUCAUUAUACACGGCAAUUUUCCACCUUAGAAUUGAAAAUGUCAACACACUGUAUGUCAUGAUAAUUAUAUAAAUACAGCAUCAAUUAUAGUUAUAAGUGGUGAACCAGCCUUUAGUUGUCAAGUAGCUGAAUCACUGCGUAACAAGGCAGCAGUAUUGUACAAUCAGGCCUCGAUAAAGUUAGGACCAUGCACUGGGACCAAAGGUCGCAGGCAUCAGAAAUGAAACAAUUUUUGCACAUUUUCUAAAACUUUUAGAAACAGAAGAUCAAUACAAAAUAUUUUAUCAUUUUGUAAUUCUUGUUUUAUUUAAUGUGUAUUAUGAAUUUUACCAUAAUUUCUUAAUCAUGUGUAUAUUUUUCAGUCACAUCUCAACUGAAGCUCGCGAUUUGAUUUUCAAGUUACUGAAAAAGGUAUUUUCCAAAUUUUAAGAUCUGUUUAUCUGAUGCGUUUACGGCAGCCCGCAGAAUAUUGGUCAAUUUCAUUAUAGUCCUAUGUAGAAGACUGCCUCGUCCCUUCAGUUUCGAAUAGAGAUUAGUGCAUGGGAGAACAAUGGCGCGCGAGGCUAAUGGGAAUGCGAUAAAACGUGAAGUGACCCGGAAAUCGCGAAUUCAAAUCUAGAUGGCGUCCGUUGUAAUGGCGGACGUUGACGAGGAUAAUGCAAAUAGGGAGGAUUUUUCAAGGCCGUUACGCAUUUUUGGCAAAUAAAGUUAUGCCCCAGUGCGUCCAACAUAAGCUGGGUUUUUUUAAAGUAGUGGAUUAGCACAGCAUUUUCGUAUGGCUCAUAAGAAACAGGUGACAGUCCAAGAUCUCUCAGAUUCUUAUUCUACCAUGAAGCGUAUGUAUGGCGAGGAAACGUUAAAGUAUAUUUCCUAUUUAUUGAUGAAGAGUACGAAGGUAUGUUCAUUUACAUUUCACAUAUUUUACGAUAAAAAUGUAUCAAAUGUCGCAAUUUAAUAUAUGUGCAUAUUUAAAAAUAUCAAUCUUAAAUUAUUUAAGUUAAUAGCUUCGUACGCUGAUCAAAAUAAUCCCUGUGGAAGCUCGGGUAAAAUAUUGUUAAAUUAAUCUCUAUUAAUCAAUCUUUUUUAGCAUUUGCACUAUGUGCCAGUGGCAAGGAGGAUGUCAUCUUGAAUAUAUUGUUUUAACCAAAUUGUGUUUGCACCCCUUACAAACUUACCUAUAUCUUUUAAAACUAAAAGGCUCCUGAACCACAGUUGUUUAACGUAUUUUGCCGUAUAGCAAAUAACAGUUGAGCAUGUUUUGAAAUGUUAUUCUUAAAAUCCUGAUCCCGCCUCAUAGCUGCAAUGCCAAGUGAUGUAGCCUCAACUAAUACAUUUUCAAAUGAAACAAGAUGAAAUGAAUAUUUAUUAAAUUACAGAGUGUGAUACAAAUUUAAUUAUGAUAUAAAUUAUCUAUUGUCUGAAUAUUACGAAAAGUUUGUAGGAUGUACAAAAAAAAUACUCCACAAUGUACAGACAUCUGCCAUCAUAAUCAUAUCUUCAAGGUUGUAAAAGUAAUAUCGCAGAGAUAUGUAAAAAAUAUACUUUCAUUGUUAACUCAGAGGGAAAGAAGUAUUCGUUUGUGUGAUAGUGGGAUGGAUUUAUUUGGGGGAGGGGAGCUGUGCGAAAUCCUUGCCAUUUCAAGUAUAAAAAAAAGUAAAGUAUUGGGUCUUUGUGACCUUAUAGGCAACUUUGUUUUCAAAAAAAUUUUGACAUGCUUGGCUCCUUGAGCCUGUCUGGGGUCCAUAGUGAUGAUGCAUCCUAAUUGUUGGUUUAGCAACCCUCGUGCCACAUCAAGUUAUGUGCAUGAGGUAAAGUAGGUUGUUUCAACUAUUAAUCCCACUUGCAAUUGUUACCUACAUCCCAUAUGAAAUUCUGGUUUCCAAUUCAGGGAUGGAUUAACGAAUGAAGUUUUUUAGGAUUUUUCACCAUUGUGUAAUGGAUUUUCAAAUUAAUCGCGUACCGCGCACUGAUGCCCGUUCUGAUUUACGUGAUGUUUUUAUGUAUUUGUAGAAUCCGGGUGAUAGACUGCCUUUGUCGGGUGAGUGAGCAGAAAAUGGCCAUCUCUAUUGUGAUGUUCUUUUGGAGAUUUGGACGAUAUAUAGUGCAUUCUCUAUUUCCUGUUACUGAAUAUGUAAUGAAUUUUGUUUAGGUAUUUUGGAUCACCCUUUUAUACUUGGCAAACGAAAUUUAGAAAAGACAACCAGUUCAGAAUCACUGAAAUCUCAAUUCAACACUGGAAAAGUAUGAAUGCAAAAUUUUCAUUUAGAAAUUGAAAAGCUCAUUAUUUUGUUAAAUUAACUGUUUUUAUAAAUGAUAUUCAAUUGACAAGUUAGCUCCCUUUUACCAUUCACUUUUUGUGAUUUUAGAAAAAAUAUGACAGUUAUAUUGAUAGUGGUAACAGUACAAUGGCGACGACGACGAUAUUGACUGGUAUUACCAACCCUUACCAAUCAAAAGGAAGUCUUCAUUUAAAUACUAAACCUGUGGAUAUAUUACCUCGUGCUAAAAGUGAGGACGACUGGCCAAGACGGAACCCGUUUCAUCCCUCAUCGCCCCCUGUCAGGGAACGAUCCAGGUAAUCAUUCCUAUUAGAGUAAUUAUUGUAACUAUGUAGUAGAUUUUAGACUAAUUUCUAUUAUUUUAUUUUAUAUCAGCUUAUUGUAAUUUAAUAUAGAGGCUCAGGUCCUUUUUGAAAACCACUGUAAAAUGAAAAAGUUUCCUGAUUAAAUAUUAUUACUACUACUGCCAUGCAUGUUUAUAUUCACCAUUUGCGUGCUCACCCGCCAUAUAGCUAAAAUUGUUUGGGGAAGAGGAAGAUCCUGAACAGAGGAAUGGAAAAAAGCUUCACAGCUGAAUUUUACCUUUCUGUGUUCAAUUGUCAAUCUUUGUUCUUUAUUCCUCCCCCUUUAUCCAUUGUAGGUUGGGGCAAAAAUUCGCCUUUUCCAAUUCAAUGUGAAUUGGGAGAAAAAUAACCUCACGGCUUACUACACCUAUCGUAUAUCCUUGGUAAUGGUGAUUAACCGAAUGUUAAAGUACAGUAAAAAGGGUAAACUGUGUACAUUUACGUUUAAAUGGUUUGCUUUUUAGCCAUAAUCACUACUCCACCACAUCUGGUCAGUUCUCAUAUGACGGUGAAACGGCAGCUCCCACGUACAAACAACCUCUACAUUCCACAACUUGGCUUGGUGAUAUUUCUGAAAAAUUUAAGAAGCAAAACAGAUCAGCAGAGAAUAAGUAUGUUUACGCAAUGCUGGCUUUAACUCCUGUAGUUUUUCUUAACAUACAUAUAUAUAGCAUUUUGCCCAAAAGUUGGAAAAGAGCUUGGUAUUCAUAUUGGCAAUAAAUUCUUUAAAUAAUAUUAUAACGAAUAUAUUCUACAUGUGGACUAUUCUGUUUGGUAAUCAUUGCAUCCAUUUCUAUUUUUACAAGGAAAGUACCAUCAUAUUGUCACUCGUCAAUGUCUACAUCGAAUCAGCAAUACACAUCAUUGGACCAAGGAAGAGUGACCUCGUGUUCCAAUGGAACUUGGUCAAAAACUUCCCCUUCAAGGAAACACAAUCCUGGAUCUAGUAACAACAGUUUAUCAGGAGGGAGUAAACAUUGGGACAGUCCACGCAAAGGGUAUAAUGACCAUCAUAACUGCGGUUAUAAUCAUGAAACUGAAAAACAACGACAUGAAAAUAACCAUUCAAGAUCAAGUUAUGCAGAAACAAUGUCUAAUCAUAGCAAUCAUGUCGACAGAUCGCGUGAUAGUUGCAGUCGUCGGCUCAGUAAUCAGCACGAGGCGAAGCAGAGGAAAAUGAAAUCUAUCAGUGAUAUUGUCGAGCCAUUGAAUGCACAACGUUUAAAACCUAUCAGACAAAAAACAAGAAAUGCUGUUGUUAGUAUAACUGAAUCCAACGAAGUUUGUUUAGAAUUUUUUCAGCAAAGAGAGAAGCAAGAUUAUGUGAUUGAAGUGAUACGAAUAUCCAGUAAUGGAAUGAAGAUUGCAACGUAUAUUCCAAAUGGCAAGAAAGGUGUUUUAUUAACAUCAGAACCUCCUCCGUCAUCUUCUCAUUCGACGUCUACAGCAACAUAUCUUUACUGUUCACUGCCUUUCAAAUAUUGGAAGAAAUAUCAGUAUGCAGCGCGGUUUGUUGAUCUAGUUCGCAAAAAGACACCAAAGAUUACAUUAUAUACAAAGCUUGCGAAAUGUAUGCUCAUGGAAAACUCGCCCAAUGCUGAUUUUGAAGCUUGCUUUUAUGAUGGUAAGAUUUGUGCUUUAACCCAUUAAGCUGCAUUGCGCCCUACUUUAUUAUUUUGCUCUGUCUAACGGCAGAUUAUAUUUAUUUUGCUCUGUCUAACGCCAGAAGAUUUUACUCGUCAAGGGGAGAGAGCUGGCACCAAAUGGGUUAUUAUAGCUAAUGUAAUAUAUAUAUAUAUAUAUAUAUAUAUAUAUAUAUAUAUAUAUAUAUAUAUAUAUAUAUAUAUAUAUAUAUAUAUAUAUAUAUAUAUAUAUAUAUAUAUAUAUAUAUAUAAUAUUUAAUAUUUAUUAUGCGCAAAUUAACAUGUUAUAGUAUAUGAUCAAAUGCGCAAUAUAUAUAUAUAUAUAUAUAUAUAUAUAUAUAUAUAUAUAUAUAUAUAUAUAUAUAUAUAUAUAUAUAUAUAUAUAUAUAUAUAUAUAUAUAUGUCAGUAUAUACUGUGUCUCAAUAGUCAAUACACUUUCCGGAAAGUACGUCACAAUAUACCUCAACGUUGUUGAAGACUUCUCUUGGACAGUGACAGUGCUUGAUGGGGUUGACGUUGACGCCAACAAUACACUAUAGUCACUAUUCUGAACACCCUCAUCCCUUUUAGGAUUUAGUUCCUACUUCCUUCAGCUUUCAUUUCUCAACCUCUGCCUGCCAAGCCAUUUUUCUAUUACUGGAUAUCUCCAUGCUAACUUAACUGGAUCUGAGUCUUUCUCCAUUGAAUUCAAUUUGUCAGCCCGUAUGUCGUCAUUUAAUUAUUCAUACAGUACGUCUAUCUACGGCUGUAGUAAAUAAAGCUGGUAUAGUAUAUUUCACUUUUUCAUGACGUCUCGAAAAUGGGUAAAGCUAGUUUUAAAGAAUCGAUUUACCUAUCUACGGUAUCAAUACACACAAUUAAUGACUCAGACCUACAGUACAUGUUUGAGUAAAUUUAGAAUUGGCAAAUGCUACAGAAAGAUUUACUUGCAAGAUUCAAUAGUGCUCAAUUCCCUUAUACAUUAUAUUUUUUUCCUCUAGGAGCUAAGAUUCACCAGUCUCGGGAAUGCACUCGAAUAAUUGAUCCCAGUGGUGUGUCGUAUACAUUGGAAUCAAUGGGAGGGAAGGAUGGUAUUCCUAAUGAUAUGAGAUGUUCAGUUGAACAUUUGCACUCUGCUUAUGAACAAUGUCUACAUCUAGAACGUGUGUUGACUACAGCAGAAGAAGAGUGUCAGGGAGCGCAGUUCUUUCCGAUCAUUGUUUGUAGACGGCCAUUGUCUUCAAAAACAACUUCUGCCCAUCCUCCUUCACAACGCCAUGCCAAUAGGUAGGUAAAUGGUUCAUGCCUAAAUCUACUGUAAGAUUUAAUACUUGAAGUUGUCUUGUCCAGUAUGAGCUGCUAUUGGGCUCGUGCAAAUGACGUCAUUUCAAUGACGUCAUAACACGUAUUUGUUGACUCCCGCCAUUUUGGGUGGCAAAUUAAAAAUAGUUCAUUAAUAAUAACAGCAAAACGGUGGCUGUUGCUUUUUUUUUACCUCUUUGAAGAGUUACACUGGUCCACAGCUGUGUAAUAGUGAGUUGAAUAAAGUAGUUUUACCACCCAAAAUGGCGGAUUAUUUUUGGUGAUAUGUCAUACUGCAAGACCUGAAUAUUUUUGCCUGUCUGAAUAUUCCAAGACAUACACACAACGCAAUCUGGAACUCCGCAGAGAGUUGUAGAACUUUACAGUUGAUUUCACUAAACGUUGGCCACGCCAAUUGCGAGGUUGGUUGCGAAUUUGGGAACUAUAAACACGAGAUCAUCAAGUUGAUUGGAAACUGGCCAAAAAAACUAAAUUUAUUGUAUUAAACUUAUUAUAAUUUUAAACCUGAAAUUAUUAUUAUUAUGAUAUUAUUUAUUAUUAAAUUAAUAAAUUAUUAUUAAUAAGUUUAAUACAAUAAGUUUAGUUUUUAAAAUUUACCGCCAAAAUCGUUUGCAAUUGCGAACUUGCUUCGGAAUUUCAUCACGAAUUUCGAUAAUUUAUGCGCGAAACUUCCGAAUUUGAUUGGCCGGUUUCCAAUCAACUUGAUGAUCUCGUGUUUAUAGUUCCCAAAUUCCCAACCAACCUCACAACUGGCGCGGCCAAAGUUUCGUGAAAUCAACUGUAAUUGUAAACAGUAUAAACCUGCAGGUCCUGCAUGUAUUUUCUAAUUCAAUUUUUUUAGAAUUAUAAAAUUACUUUUUGUAUAUGUGUAAAUUUUAAUCCAAUGUUGUUCUUUAGUUAUUCUUCACCAAACGGUCCAAGUACGCCUACUACGUUGGCAACAUCACCGAGUACUGUCACACAAUUAUCUACGAUGAAAUCUUUUAAUGGACAGAUUGGGAUUACCCAAGAUUUUAGCACAAUGUCGAUAUCGAAGUCCAGCCCUGUCAUGUCGCAUAACACAGGUGAUAAAUAAUUAUUUUUAGACUACAUAUAGUGUAAAUCAUGUUCUUGGCUCCAAUUAAUGGUGGUAUUUACUUCUGCCCUACUGGAUUGUGAUUUCCAUGCAGUGCGACCUAUCGCUCUCCCUACUCUAUUUAAUUGAAAUGCAGAAAAUGAAGAUGAGAAGCUUAAAUAUUUUUACAGUGUACAUGUAUUCCCUAAAUUUGUCACUUCCCAUGCAAUGCGUUUUGUUUCAAUCACGAAUAUGAACACCUUUAGGAAGUAAAUUGUCGCCCAAACAGAAGAACAGAUCGACAGUGAAUUACUUAUCUUUGCAAUCGAAAAGGAAAACAUCAGAACCCGAUGCUAAAGUCAUCAAAAGCGUUUUCGUAGUUGAUGUUGGUUGGUCUUCGCAGGUGAAUACGUCAAAAUAAAUACAUAUGUUUACUUUAGUACGAUCUCAGUUAAAAUUUAACUAUCUGUAUGCCAGUAUUAUGCCUUUAUAACUUGGCAUAUUUUUGGUAGUAAGGAAAUCAUGUUAUUGAUACAUGCAAUUUGAAUACUGCAAUUGCGGAUAUAGGCUAUAGCUGUUUUUUAUGCUUGUCCGGCAGGUAACUUAUAAUAUUAUACCUCACAAUGAGAUUGUCCAAUCAGAGAACUAAAUUUGUACCACAUGACCAUGGUAUUUUUCAGCGAAUACUAUGACCUAGGCAAUUUGAACCCUGGGUGUUUUACCCGGGGCCAUGGUAUUCGACUUCGAAUACCACGCUUGAGCGGGAAAUUCGACUUUUUUAAAUGUAAAGUUAUCAAAAGUUGUGUUUUGAAAUUAAAAGUUAAUUGAAUGGUAUUUGCUUUCUACUUAUUUUUGAAAGAUUCGGUAUAAUAUACCAUUUAUAGACCUUUCACUCGGGGUAUUCCACAAAAAAUUACCCUGCGGGAUGAAAUAUUCCUCGGGCUUCGCCCUCGGAAUAUUUCAUCCCUCAGGGUAAUUUUUUGUGGAAUACCCCUCGUUUCAGGUCUAUAACUGAUAAUAGUUAAUGUUGUAUAAUCCUGCCAUGAUAUUUUAUAAACAGGAUUUUAUAGAACUGGAAAAUUUGUUAGACAGUCGUGAGUCGUAUUUUAGAAAUUAAAACAAUUCAAUUAUUUCAAAUUAUAUCUCUUCAGCUUUCAAAUGGUGAAAUAUGGAUGCAAUAUAAUGAUGGUUCUCAGCUCAUUGUCAAUCCUGAAGCUGGUCUCGUGAAAUAUACGGAUAAAUAUGGUGCAAUAACAAAGUAAGAUAUCGCGUUAUAAAGCUCGUUACGCACGCGCAAGAUUUCAUACACGGCAUGCAAGUUUUCCUGACUAGUACAUGCACUUGUUCAAAAGCUAUAGCGUGCUACGUUACAGUACAGGUUUUGCUCGUCUGUCGUCUGUAUGGGUCAACAACGAAAAUUUGCCAAAAAUCAACAAAACCAAAACUUGCCAUAGAAAAUACGUACACACGUGCCUUUAGCGAAUGGAAUUUGCCAUAAAUAUUAUGAAAACUUGCCCUUCUGAUACCGGCUACCUUAACGCAUUGUUCUUUUUGACGUCUCACUUUAUAAAUUGAUUCGACAAGAUAAUUCUAUGUUCAUAUUACGUAAAACCACAUGCACUUUAUCAGGGCCGCCGAGAGGUUGUGCGAGUCAGGGGAAAAACUUUCCCAGGGGCCGCUAUGACGUCAUAAUUGUAAAGCGGGAGAAGCGGUGUCCGGCACUAAUGCAGUUAUAGGAUUUAUAUUCUCCUUUAAAGCAAUCUUGAGGGGCGUCCUAUGACGAGCAUGUACUUUAUAUUGACAUUUUAAUGUUUGGUUUUGAUCAGGUAUAUGGUCUCGUGUUGUCCAGGAGGGCGGGGAGGGAUUGUACUCUAGGAUUAUGGUUCUUGCGGAAAUAUGACGUAACUAUCGUAUAGAUUAUGUCGGAUCUCACUAUUUCAAUUGGGUAAAUACUAGGGGCGCUUUCCAUUAACACGGUCAGAACGGUGAAAUUGUUGAAUGAAACACAAAACAUUUGGGCUUUGGACCUAUCUGACCGGAAAAUUUAAAUAACAUUAGAAUGAGGUCCAUUUUCGCUAGAUAUUUGAGAAACAUAGACCAAAUCUUUCCAUUGAUACAGAGAAAAGAAUUUGGGUCUGACCGGUCAGGCCAUCAAAUGGAAAGCUUCCUAGUAUCAUCAGUCUUUUUCGCUAAUUACAGUAUAUGUGUACUAUGUGAGUUCAAAUUCAGCUUGAAUCAAAUUCUUGUUGACAUUGCAAUGUUCGAAAUUACUUGAGAAUAAUUAUUUCAUAUGUUGUUGAAAAUUUAUUGACUGCGUGCCACAUCGUGAAUAUAACCAUCAAAAAUGAACGGACUAUAUGCAGUAUAAAUUACUGUAACUUCGUCGCUUUAUUUCCUCAAUAGUAACGAUUUUUUAUAUAAAAAAAAUUCAUGCCAUGUAUUGUUACUUGCGCUGUCUUCGUUCGGUAACUCAUUGAGGAUGAUAAAUUACACAAUGCAGAUGAAUUAGUAAUGAUUUGUUCACUGAUUGAUUGGACGAUUAGUGUAGACGAAUGUUAUGCACGUCUGACAAUAUGUCGUUAUUCGAUCACUUUAAAUGGUUUUCACAGAUCUUAAUAAAAUAUGUAUCAUUUUAGAACAGGCGUUUCAAUCUGAUAUAGCUACAUUUGUAUUGACAGCUUUCAAAAUCCGAACAUCAAUUAUUUGGUUUCAUUUUAUACCCCAUCUGAUUGCGGCUGUUUAAUACACAGGCCGCGAGUGUAUAUAAAAAAAAGAUAAUCCAUGCAAUACAAAGAUAAUCCAACUUUUACAUGCAAUCGCGCGUUAAUUAUUGAGUAAGCUGUGUAGAUUCUUUUCAAUAAAAGUCCUUAGCUAUCACUAUCAGGUGGCAAGAAAAACAUGAUGCGAAUAAAAAUUGUUGCAUGGUCGAAAUCACACUUUUUUCAUCUCGGACUCUGGUCUCUGUGCAUAAAUGUUCUUGGGUUAACUAUAUCUUUGACAUUUUUGCAUCCCAAAAAUCAAGAUUUCUGCAAACUUCCAGACAGUUCAUAAACUGAUGUUUCAGUCACGGAAUUUUCCGCGUAAAACGUCUGCGCAUGCGUCAAGCUUACCGAAAUGUGUCUUGCGAACGUGGUGUCAAGUGUUCCGAAGGUUGUCGAACACUCAAAAUGGAAGCGACCUGGAGCAACUUCGAUGUGUUGCCUUUUCUGUGAAAAUGCAAGCGGAAUAAUGAAUGUGACAACCUAAAAGCUAUAAAUAAUUACAGUCUAUAUGUCUACAUGUGCAAGGGGUAGUAUUAUGCAAGAAAAAUUAAUGAACCAAAGGUGACUGUCGAUAAAUUUAUUGUAUAAAACGUUCUUUAACUGAACCAUACAAAGUGAUCCACCUUUUUCUCAUUUUACAUAGCAUGUAUAAAUUUUGCGUUGACUACAUUUAAGCAAUUAAGGGUAAUAAUUUACUCCACAAUUUAAUCGUGUGCGAAUACUUAACUAUUUGAUAGUUUUCUUACUUUUCAAGAAAUGUUCACACACUUCCCGGUCUAAAACGAUAAUUUUUAAUUUAAAUUCUGUUCAGUCUUUUUAGAUUUUAAAUGUUAGAAAACUUUUUAUUGAUGUCUAAACUACGCGUCUAGUGUAUUUUUUUUGUUUGUUUCACUUACCUUAAAUAAUUAAAUAGCCAUGUUUUUGUUGACAAUUUGGCAUUUAAAUUCCUCUCCAUUUUUUUCUAUUGCACGCGCACGCGCGGACGUUUUCCCGCGGUGUUUCAUUUAAUACUUUCUACAAUAUUUUAUUGUGUUUAAUUUGUGGUUUCUCCAUCAAUUUAUUAUUGUAUGUUUUUUUCAGAUUCGCGAAGAAAGACAGGAUACCAGACAACAUAAAAACUAAACUUGCACGUUUGCCUGAUAUAAUUGAAUUAUUUAUCUCUGCCCCAGAAAUGCACUGAAAAUUAACUUCUCACGGAAAUGUAUAUAACUGAAAAUAACCCUAGUCUAAUAUUUGUAUAAUUAUUAGGUAGAUAUUUUCAUCUAAUUUUUACAUUUUGUAAAAUUGUAUUUUAUAUGUAGCUUUUAAUUAUAUAUAUAUAUUUUGUAAUUACUAAUGUACAUUGUAAGUUGUAACUCGUAACGUCUUGCAUUUUCAAAAGAUGUUUGUAUCCCUAUUGUAUGUAACUGAAUUUGCGGUUAAAGCUCGACAACUGGACUCUGUAGCUCAGUUGGUUAGGGCGCUGCACGGGAAUCCGCAGGGCCGCAGAUUCGAUUCCUGUCAGAGGACCUAUAUAGUUGCAUUUGUCGCAAUUGCUCCUGGCUAAGUCUAAUAAGUACUAUUAUAAUAUAGCAUUUGUAAAUUCUGAACACUGAUUGGCUAAGAGCCGUGUUGAUAUAACUCAAUGUCAACACGGAAACGUCGGAAAAUUUAUUUCUUUAUGUUUCUUUGUGCUAUAUUAUGAAGCAAAUAUAAAACAUUAUUUCUGUAUUGAUA